GGAGAGGCACAAUGACCGAGCAGCAAAGUCCCCCCGAGCAGAUGGCCACUGGGGAGGGUGCUGGCGAGCGAGGUGGCAACUACAAGAUCACGAUCUACGAGCUGGAGAAUUUCCAGGGGAAAAGGUGUGAGCUGACAGAGGAGCUCCCCAACAUCACCGAGAAGGAGAUGGAGAAGGUGGGCUCCAUCCAGGUGGAGUCUGGCCCGUGGCUGGGCUUCGAGCGCCAGGCCUAUGCUGGGGAGCAGUUCGUGCUGGAGAAGGGAGACUACCCCCGCUGGGACUCCUGGUCCAACAGCCACAGCAGCGACAGCCUGAUGUCCCUCCGGCCCCUCCAGAUUGACAGCGCUGACCACAAGAUCCACCUGUUUGAGAACGUGGGGUACACCGGGAGGAAGAUGGAGAUCGUGGAUGACGACGUCCCCAGCCUCUGGGCCCAUGGCUUCCAGGACCGUGUGGCCAGUGUCAAGGCCCUGAAUGGAACGUGGGUGGGCUACGAGUACCCCGGGUACCGGGGCCGCCAGCACGUCUUUGAGAAGGGCGAGUACCGGCACUGGAACGAGUGGGACGCCAACCAGCCCCUGAUCCAGUCCGUACGCCGCGUGCGGGACCAGCAGUGGCACCAGCGGGGCUGCUUCGAGAACAGCUGAGGGACCCCCAGCCCCCGCCGGGGCCGCUCGCGGGGUCCCCCGGCCCAGGCCGUGACCGUGGUGUUUUUUGUGCAAAAACCUCAAUAAAGCUCUGAGCUG